ACUCUAACCGAUCUCUUGUUAAUUUUCAGUUCCAGAGAAGAAAAGUUUCCAGCCAACCAGGGCUCCCAUUUCAGAGAAGAGGUGGAAGUUACAAAGGUUAUAGAUUGGGCUAGAUUUGAGUUAAGCCUAACCCAAACAUAGGUUAGUUGAAGCUCGACUCAAAUUCCUACCGUGAGAGGAUUGAUAGUUUGGUUAUCAACAGAAAAACUAUAUCCAAGAAGGAUCUAUUUAGUCCCAUAGUAUAACUUAGACAUUUGUCCCUUGAAUAAUUUAUCACUUUGACCAAUUUACUCUAAAUCCGGCCGGUUAUUUGGGCCACUGCUUAUUUAUCAGUCUAGGAGUAGGAGAUUGACUAGUUAGGAGACAGAGAAAGAUGGAGAUGGAUCAAAGAUAGAUUUGGAAGGCAAGAGAAAGAUGGUUUUAAUUGAGAUGACGUGCAUGUGAUGUUAUCUUUCUUUACAAUCCACAUCCUCAAAGCAAAGUUCCAGGAUAAACGGGCCUACCUCAAUUGCUUUCUGGACAGGGAAAUCAACAUUAAGAAAGAAAAGAAAGAAAGCAAAAGGCUAAACAAACAGAAAAGCUCACAUUAAAAAGAAGGGAAGAAGAAGAUAUACGAAGGAGGUGAUGAUGAUGAUCACUAGCCCUGAGAAUUCCACAAAUGAAAAUAUUUCUCAAGAAUCCAUCAGCACUACCACUUGCCCCAGCUGGAAACUUUACGAGAAUCCAUUUUAUAAUUCACAGCGCCCUCCAAAUCAGCAUAAAAAACAAAACCAACAAAGCUACAAGCAUAUUCACAAUCUACACCUUCCUCUCUCAGCUCGUAAGAUCGCAGCUUCUUUCUGGGAUCUAACCUUGUUCAAGCCAAUCAUGGAAACUGAGCUGGAUAUUGCACGAGCACAAAUAAUUGAAUUGAAAGCUGAGCUUGAUUACGAACGGAAGGCACGUAAGAAGGUUGAGUCAUUGAAUAAGAGACUGGCUAAAGAACUGGCUGAAGAGAGAAGAGGAAGAGAAGCAACGGAAAGAGCGUGUGAAGAGCUUGCUAGAGAGAUUUCAUCUGAUAAAGAAGAGAUAGAUCGCAUGAAGAGAGAUAUGGAGGAAGAAAGAAAGAUGCUGAGAAUGGCUGAGGUGUUAAGAGAAGAAAGAGUUCAAAUGAAGCUCACGGAGGCCAGGAUGCUCUUGGAAGAAAAGUUAAUUGAAUUGGAGGAAAUUAAAAGUGGUAAAAUUCCAGGACUCAAUAAAAGAGCUUCAAGUAGUUCUGGUAACCUUUCAGGGAAAAUUUCCGGGUUCGUUUUGGGCGAGAAAUGUAUAGAUGAUACUGACCCAAGAGACUCAACAAGAUUAAGUUUGGAUUCAAGUGAAAAGUUGUCUUGCAAUAUUGAUAAUGUUGGUUGUGUUUCAUCCAUGGCAAUCCAGAGAAGAACUUCAUCAGAAGCUGAGAAUCCACAUAUAAAGCGAGGGAUUAAAGGGUUUGUUGAAUUUCCUAGAGUGGUUAGAGCAAUUGGAUCCAAAAGUAGACAUUGGGGAAAAAAACUGGAAUGUCAAAAGGCUCAGCUAAGAAUUCUACUUAAACAAAGGAGUCCAAUCCGAUCCAAUGAUCUUAUUUUGAGUUAAAAAGGAGAUCAUCAGUAAUGUUGUUCAGAAUUGCCUUCUAUUCUAUGUCUUCAUUAAUUUUGUUCUUUCUUUACAUGUUAUCUUUUUCAUAUUUUUCUUAUUCAUCCUUGAUGUUAUUACUCAGUACCCCAAAAUCCAUUGUUCCUGGAAGCUUUAAUGAAGUAAAUAUAUCUUGGCUGUAAUUGUAAAGACAUUAUGAUAACAUAUUUGAUUGAGUUUAUUAUUAAUUUGUA